AUGCCACAGGCGCUAAUUCCGGACUACAUGCCGGGGAACCCCUACAGCGAACUGAUCAACCCGCUCUGGUGCUCCUACGGUCUCGGGGCGAGGCCGGCUACGGCGAUCGCCCAGGACGGCACGAUAUUCUACCAGCAGGAGUGGCUGCACACGGGUGACCUGGCGGACGAGCUUGACGUGUUCCUCGAGGGCGGGGGCGACCCCGAUGCCGCCGCCGCGUCGGGGGGGGGAAGGGGGAGAGCGGGGGCGGCGCAACAUCAACACGGCUCGUUGGGUUCUGCGAGUCGAUCUUCGGUUCUUCCUGCCCAGGGGUUGAAAAGGACGUGACGCGCCACCACCGUGGUUUGUCGAGAAAGAGAUAACAAGUUUUACGUGAACGUUUUUUUUUUUUCUCGACUUGUUGCUGCUGUGUCGCUUGAUCCUCUUGUGGUGGACUUUUUUCACGGCCACCACAUGAUCAAUAAUGUUUCCUGCCCUUGAAAGUGUUUUGGAGUCGACUGGAAAUGACCCGGGUCAGGGAAUUCAGUUGGAUCGGCUACGGCGUUGUCGUGUUACGGUAGGGGACAGCAAUGAGGCCGGACUCUUCCCCUCCUUUUUUUUUUUUUUUGUCGUGUCCACAGCUGCCGCUCGGUGUGACGGGAGUAGGUAGUAUGGGAGUACGCCCGCGAGGGUGAUGGGUAUGGUGAGAGAUACGCAGCCCCCCUGGGCGUUGAGGAGAUCGGUCCCCCGGCAGGACUGUCCAAACAUGUUUGCCUUUCUUUUGCUUCAAGUGCUGCUGCAAGAGAUUCCAUGUAUCUAUCUCCCUUCGCGAAACGAAAGCCCAGGAUAAAUUCGUGAUGGAAAUCGUAGCGUUUGCCUACAUGCUGCUCUUCUCUUUGUGAACCUCGCGCGACAUCGCGCGACAUGGUACAGGGGUGGAUAUCCCCGCCUUGGUCAGUACCGUUGGCAUGGAGGCGUGCGGGGUAGGGGUGGGGCAUGCAAGAUGUUUUUUGGUUCGCGUCGUGUCUUGCGCGACGAGUUUCUGCUUUGAUUUGGAUGUGGUGCCAGACGCCAGAAAGGGCUCGCCCCGCGCGCUUCGUCCCUCGUCCUGAUUGGCUCCCAGCUAAGACAAGCCUGCAGCGCCUGCGGUUAGCGUGGGGGCGUGGUGGAGUCUGCCGUUGUCUUGUGUAUAGUCUAUCGUUGUGUGAUUUAUGUAGUAGUUGUUUGCGAUCUCGUCAGCUAGGCAAUAGGCGCCGAGGAGCCUUGUGUGGGGAGGGAGGGAUGGGGGGGGGCGACUUGCAUAGUUUUUUUCUAGAACCCUGAUUUUUGAGUUUGUAGCCUAGACUGUUCGUGCAUGUAGCAGGUGCUGCCGAACAUUUCUCGAUGGACACGGCACCGACACCUAACAGCAUGGAUUUCUUUUU